ACAACAUAAAACCUUGCAUUCCAAAGUAAAGAGAGGAGGAAGAUGAAGAGGGAGGGCCGUCAGCAUGGCAUGGUUCGGACAUACCAAGUUAGGCCACCGGAGUUCUACCGUGGACCACAGCCCAGAUACAAUCGCUCGGAUUCCCCCUCAACUGCCGGUUUAUUCACAAAGGUCUCCCCUAAACCCACCAACCAUUCCAAGUAUACGAGCAAGUGCCGCAAGCCCAUUUGUAACUGCUGCCAUAACCUACCUGUCUGCAAAUCCAAGACCAAAUCUAAGGGUACCCAGAAACUCCGUUUGGUGGAUGCCCAGGGGCUGAAUCUUUCCGGUCUCUCUGCCACUUUGAUGUUGGAUCAUUUGACUACCGAUUCAAGUUAUUAUUAUUUUAGUUUGGAUGAGGAGAAUGAUGAUCAUGUGGAGGAGGAAGAGGAAGAUGAGGAAGUUACUAAUUUGACUGCUGCCCAUAGUGAUCAUGCGGAGGAGGAAGAAGAAGAGAAAGUGGAGGAAGUUAUUACUAAUUUGACUGGUGCCCAUCAUAGUGAUCAUGUUGGAUCCGAGGUGGAGGAGGAUGUUAUUGUUGAUUCCGAUGAAAAGGAUAAUAAUGAUAAUGAAAACAUGAACUAUUGUGAUGUUGGAUAUGUUUGGGAACAUGUUGAGGAUGAUGGAGACUGGUGUUUGGUUGUUGAAUCAAUGGAUUAACUAAUAAAUGCCAAUUCAUUUCUCACUUUGUUCUUUUCUGUUGUGUUGUUUUCCCCCACUUUCUUUCUUUCAAUCUAUAUAA